AAGUCGAAAGACUUGAUAAGAGUUGGACGAUUCUAUAAAUCGAAAAGCAUCUCGCUAAAGACCGUCAUUUGUUGGUGUUUUGGUUACCAUUGAAGACGUUUUUACUUCGCCUUUACUUUUCCUGGAUUUGGUUGGACGCGCACAAAUACAAUCAUGAAAUAUAUUUUUGCACUUGUACAAGUUUUGACCCUAAUUUGGUUGGUCGCCUUGGCAUUCCCGCAAAGAGACUCGCCGAACAACUUUGGUGAUGACUCCAUAAUAUUCGAUAAUAAUGAUCUGAGUAGUACCACGCCGAGUAGCACCACGCAAGGAACAACAAAUUGUCCAUGUGCCGCAACUAAUGAAUACAAUCCAGUGUGUGGCACCGAUAACGUUACUUACUGGAAUAUGGGAAGAUUUAAUUGCGCGAAAAAUUGCAAUCCACGACUUGAGAUAAGAGUAAUCAGAGCUUGCGAACCAUAUAUCGUACAAAGUAGUAGUUGAAUAUGGAACCAUCAUAUGACCUGCCAUCACUUUUAUAUGACUGAUAAAUACAACAUAGACAUACGUGUACUUGCAGAAAUUGCUGAUACGUGAAAUAAUGUGCUGAUUGCAAACUAUUAAUUCCUAAUCAUAGACAUAUCGUGUAUUCCAUGUGUUAUUAAUAUUGAAUGUAUUACUAUCUUUAAAUAAUUUUAUAUAAAAACGGUGAAUAU